UAAUAUGCAAUUUUUUUAUUUUUUUUUAAGCGACACGACCUGGGGAAUAUCGCCUCGUCUUGUCAAGCUUGUUUAAAAGCUUCGAUCCGAUAUCAGUAUUAGCGAUACUAAUUUUUUUAGUGAGAUAGCGACAAUAAUGAGAAAAGAAGUCGGUGAUGAGUAAAUGUUAAUUAAAUUGUAAAUUAAUUAAAAUUUUAAACGUUAUGCUACGGUAUGCGCGAGAGAGAUUUCUCCUGUAAUAUCUCAUUAUAUGUUUCAUAAUACGUAUACUCCCCUCUUGCACUCUAGUAGCUCAAUAUCCAUUAAUCAAACUGUAAUGUUCAAUUUUGGGGUGUAAGAAACGAUACUGCACAUUAGAAAAUGUAAAACAAAUCCUCGUCCGUUUUUGUACGCUCAGCUUAGCGUCUGUUAAGUAUAUUAUGAUAAUUGAAACAAACGACUUUGAAAUGCAAAUCUUGUCCAACGUCUCGAAAAAAAAAAAUUGUAUAAUUAAAAAGUUAUUUACGAUUCGCAAUCGAGUUCACAUUGAGCACAAUCGACGCGUAUAAGAAAUAACAACAGGUUGCUAAAAACUGAUCUCGCAAUUCAGUAAAAAAGAAGUUUAACUCAAAGUUCACAUAGUCGAAUAUGUACGGAAAAAAUAUAUAAUCCUAUCACUCAAAUUAUGAAGUCAUUAUCUCAUUAUUGACUAUCUGUAAUUUUUCGUUACAUUUCUUUCCGAUAAGAAAUUAGUUAUUUUUGGAAAAUUUAUUGGCUUACGUAAUUUUUUAGUAAGUAAUUAUUAGUAUAAAUAUGACUAUAAAAUUGUUAAUAUGACUAUAAAUUUUCCGUCGUUUAAUUAUUAAAUGAAAUAGAAUGCGAGAUAAUUGCGAUACAAAAAACAAAUUCAAAGGUUUGUGAAUGUCAAAGACUUUACUUUUGAUGAAAUGCAUUGCUGUUCUUGUGACAUUUUUUAACAUUUUCCUGAAAUGCUAGUUUACAUAAAUUUACCAUUGUAAUUGUUUCCGCGUCAUUAAGCACAGGUACGACGAAGAGCUUUAUUUAUACACCGUAUACAAUAUGCCUAUUGACCUCAUAUAUGUAUACCAUGUUGCUUUAUAUCCACGCGAUCGUAGCGAUAUAAAUAUUUUGACAUUAAUCUUUAACAUUUUCCAUUAAAAAUCCGCGUCUAUUAAGAUUGAUUAAAGCAGCAUAGCGCGUAGAAAAGUUGUUGCACCGCAAAUCGCCUCGGGGCGGUUUUGUUAGUGGUAUUAUUAUCUUUUACUUUAUCUUUUACAUUAAUAUCAAAUACCAGAGCCAUAUUAUUUUGUAUUACUAUAGAUAUAUUAUUCUCGGUACCGAAUGUUUCGGAUAAAAAAAAAUUCAGAAAAAUUUCAAGUUAAAUAAAAAUGCGAAUUACAAAGAGUAAGGUACAUUUUUUACGCGAUUUUAUCUAAGAAAAAUAUAUGAAAAAAAUUGCUACGCUAAUUUAAUUAAAUUAAUAGAUCUGAUGUAAAAGUUUUUCUGCUCCCUUUUCUCGUUUAUUUCUUAACUUCUUUCCGUGCCGAGAGAAAAAGUACCCUGAUAAAGAGAAACAAGGUAAAGAUUCCGUAUAUCGGUAAGUCCCUAUACCUCGUGCUGUUAAUCUCAUGAGAGAGAAUUACGCUUUCUGGCUUUUGUCAAUAAAUUUCGAGCGACCGCACCCCGAAUCGAUUUUGAAGAAGUUUUGGCACGGUAACCUUUUGCGAAGUCAUCGAUUUUUAUGCGAGCGAGAUAUUCGCUCGUCUUACCCCCCUCGGGCUAUUUUUACGAUCUUUCUUCGCGGGAGUGACCCCGAAAUCUAGAUCUAAGACGCAGCUUCAGCUUAUGUCCUUACUUAAUGGUGAUUAAUAGCGUGUAUGCACGCUACUAUCAAACCGGAAGGGGGGCAAGUUUAAUCCCUAGAAUCGCGAAGAACUUUGAGCACCCGCGGUUGAGAUAUAUAUAUAUAUAUAUAUAUUAUAUCAGAUUCCUCCGCUUUUUAUUCCCCCUUAUUCGAAUCCAUUUUUAUUCGUAAUGUCUUUCCUUCAUGUGGGACUUAUGCCAAGCGCCGAGAAAUCACGCGCCAUUACCGAUGUAAAUAACAAAUACCACAAAGUGAGUUCUCUCUCUUCAACAUCACGACGAAUUUCAAUAUUCGGUUUUGUAAGAAUAUUCUGCGAAUGCAGGAAAUUACUCAAUUUUUCGAAAUGCAAAAAUAGCUUCGAAGAUAUAUAAUUUCUAUUCGAAACGUAAAAUUGAAGCGACGUUCAAUUUCCACUCAAUCGACAGUGAUUCGUAAAUAUAAUAAUAAAUAUGGAAACUCUCAUAUAUAAUAAAGAAUGAUUAUAUUAUUCGUUAUAUAAAAAGGAGAAUUACAUUUUUUUUUUUAAACAAAGCUGGAGUAUAUUACUUCGAAGGAGAAUCUCUCUCAUGCAUAUUUCGUAUUCGCGUCCCCUUUGGGCAUCAGGGACUUCGUCACCCGUUCAGUUGUAAAGACGAAAUUAAUUAUCCGAUCGGAGGGAAUAUUGAUAUAAUCGAUAAACGCGUGGCAUGUAAUUAGAACGUUAAAAAUAUCGCGCUUUAUAUUACACGUCCGUUACUAACUGAAUAGCAUACGGUUCGUUCGUACGAGGAGAUCACGUGGGAAUUAUUUCUCGUUCGAAAAAGAGAGAGAGACAGAAAAUUUGACGUGUCUCGACAGACGCGCAGAGAUCGAGAGAAGGAAGUGAAGCGAGACGCAGCGGAUCUCGAUAAAGAAAGAAAAAAAAAAGCCGCGUGACGAUGACGGGAAACGUGACGACGAUGAUGGUGUGACGUCACGGGACGCCGGAAAUAAAAGCGGAACAGGAAGCGCGGGAAAGGGAGCCGCCGCUCGCCGUCUUGUUCGGCUCUCGACAAUUUAGGCGGCGGCAGGAUCAAAGGUCAUGGCGACCCCACCGGACUCGCCGGGACCGGAAGAGGCGUUCUUCGAAUUCGAGACCUCGAGGGCGAGGCAGCAGACCACCAGGCCGGUGCCUAUCGAGGAGCUUCUGCGACAGACCAAGUUCUCCCGCCAGGAGAUCCGAGUCAUGUAUCGCGGCUUCAAGCAGGAGUGUCCCGAGGGAGUGGUGCACGAGGACUCGUUCAAGGACAUUUACGCGAAAUUCUUCCCGCACGGCAACUCCAGUCUCUACGCCCACUACGUGUUCAAGGCCUUCGACGUUAAUUGCAACGGGGCCAUCAGCUUCAGGGAUCUCCUCGUGACACUAUCGACCCUGCUGCGGGGCAGCAUUUAUGAAAAACUCAGAUGGACCUUCAAGCUGUACGAUAUAAACGGGGACGGCUGUAUCACCAGGAGCGAGCUGGGAGAAGUCGUGACAGCGGUGCACGAGUUGAUGGGGAGGAAACAUCACGCCGAGGAAGAGAGAAAGGCGAGGGAGCAACUGGACAGGGUCUUCAAGAAACUCGAUCUCAACCAGGACGGUGUUAUCACGAUCGAAGAGUUUAUCGAGAGUUGUUUGAAGGACGACGUGAUCACCCGAUCGCUGGCGAUGUUCGACUGCGCGCUUUGAUCUCCGGCUAAGGACGAGCCUCCAGCAACCACGGCAGUUAGCAACGCGACGCCGCCGACGCCGCUCUCGACGACAACGUUCUCGCAAUCCUUGUCCCCGUCGCCGCCGCCGCCGUCCUAUUCCCUGCUGCCGCCUAUCCCGCCGCCCUUGCCCUCGCAACCGCCACCCGGGUACACCGUCCAGGAUCAGGAGCUCUAUCUGCUCCUAGCCGCUCACUGGUGGAACCAACCGGAGGCGCCGCUCUUUUGUUGAAGGGCAACGCGAUAACACGGCUCCUAGAAUAGCAAUCGAGGUCUAAGUCUGUGGAAUCGGAAAAUGGACAUAUACAUACACACAAUACACACACACAUGCACACGCACAUUGUUGUCCUUAUCCUCGCAGAUCGACGCUUAGUGAAGGCUUAGUGAAGGCUCAAAAGAGAGCCGAUUCGGAGACAACACGCGAAAUAUCACAAGACCGCCGCCAUCGAGACAAUCUUGCGGAGAAAUGCGACGAUUCUGUGACGACGAGACCCCGGAUAUUUCGACAAUCGACAAUUGGCGUCAAUUUCUGGCAAGGAUCGAGUGGAGUUACGCAAUCCGAGGAGUUAAAACCUAAGGUCGUAUACUGACUGAUUAUUAAUAAGCGAGAUCAAAAUACCUGGGCUCUUUUCCAUCAGAUAUGAAGAGAACGGUGUCUAAAAAGCAUAAUCACGAAAAUAAUAAAAGUAAUGAAAAGAAAAAAUAUAAUGCGAGUUACUCGCGCAUCCCUAUCUGCGAAAUGAUCCUGCGAAGAUCCUGGAAGAAUCUGUCUUGCGGAUUCGUACCAAAUUGUAGCGUUGGCUGGAAUCUGGAAUCUCGAGUCGACGACGACGACGACGAUAUCGACAGUGAUAAAAACGGCGUUAAAGUGCAAUGCGUGGCUGUGAGUCGGAAAUGCGGCACGAAAACGAGAAUCAUAAAUCGCUACAAAUGUCGAGAAGAUAUUUGUAGGAUAUCUGGAAAAUGUCGACAUCUAAUUUCUUGGAUAACGUUAUCUGUACAAUUCUGCUUGUACGAUAGGCGUUAGAAACAAUAGGAUUAACGAAUGGAUUGCAUGACUUUGCGUUGCCAGAAACGACGCGUCUUCGUGAUCACGCGAUUUUUCAGAUCAAGCGUUUUCUCCCAUAUUUAAGUACAUCUUCUCUCGAUAAAUGCUUCGCGCGAUAGUGCUAUAAAAAAGAUAUCCCUCGUUGAGGGAUCAACAUGAAUCCCAUUAUAGGUUGUUCUACGUUUAAAAUAAAAAAAUUAAUUUGCCAACAAAUUUGAUAUACGAGUUAUCUUCUUUUUAGCGAAUUAUUUCAUUAAUUUGAACAAUUUGAAUUCUGCACAAUGCAUAAUAUAUGCGUGACUUUCAGUGUUUAUUAUUUUGCUCCACCCCAUGUAUAAUUGUUGAAUAUCCGGCAAUCUUUCUAUAUCCCCCGCAGUUUUGUUACCAUUCAUCAUGAUCGCGUGGUGGCGGCGAUUAUGUAUGUCGUGAAUAGGAACGACGAGGCAGGGCGCAUGAUUAUAUAUCAUUAUUUUCGACGUGAUGACGCGUCGAUUUCGCUCGACUAGACUGUUAGUCGCUACGAUCGUUGACGAUCAUAAAUAUCACACGUACAUAUUUUUCGUUGGUAGGUUCGUAGGUUGAUACUUCGUUGUACAUCCUUUUCUAGGUCCGAUUGAUUCCGCGCGCAAGCGUUCAAUAAUCAUAUAAAAUUCUUACAAUAAUAACAAAUCUCGAUACAUAUUUAUUCCAAAAUCGAUACGUAUAUUUAUUCAUUAAUAGAAAUUAUCAAUACGAUUUUGCUUUGUACACUUGGCUGUUACAUCGACCUAUCGCAACAAGAUAUUACCAGGAUAUCAAUCUAUAUAGUUUCUGUCUCUAGAUACUUUUCGUGCGAUGAUAGUUUUGCGAUAUUUGUCGCGUUCAAUCAUAACGUCGGUACUGAAACACUGACAAGAGAUAUUGAUCGCUUGCGAGCUCCUUAUAAGCGUUCAUAGUAUGUAACAUGUUGUAGGUGUACGUGCGUGAGAAGUAUCGAUUUUCUAAUAUAUCCGUUAUUGCGAAUCGUAGGCGUGCGAGCGUGCGAGCAUAUGUCAGACUAGCGAGUAGCAGCCUCGAGUGGCGAUUAUUAAUUAUCAAAAUCGAUUACAAUGAAAACACCAAAGAGCUACUACUGUAGUUAGCUGUUAUCUAAGUAAACAGAUAUAAUAAUAUAUAGUGCGAUUAUACAUAGUUAAGAUAAAUUCGCGAUUAAAAGAGGAAGACAGAAAAAGGAAAGAAGAAGAACAAGAAGAAGAAACAUCGCGGAUAGUUAAUAAUUGGCGUUUAUGAUCGUACAAUGGAAAAAAUUGCGUUAUUUUCCAGAAAACACUGUCUCAAUACGCUCUAUACAACACACCCGAAUGCGCACACACACACGUACCUUCUUUAAGCAAGUCCUACGUCCCCGUUGUUUCGCAUCAGACAGAUACGAGUCGUCGUUGAUCGUCGUUACAAUCUGAUCGCUCGUGAUUCACCAGCUCUGCUCCCUGAAGUCUCAGUCCCGAAGAGGAAAUCUCGUUGCUGAACGAAGGGGCGAGCACCUUCGACUAGCUGGGGAUCAAGAAUACGCCGUUGCUAAGCUACGUCUAACGCGUCUCUAUAACAACGAUUAAACCUAACGACGAAAUCGCGGUAUCCGAUCGAGCGCAGAAUAUAACGUUACUUAUAGAUUGAGUUAUGAUGGUAUAAGACAGGGAUUCGCGUACAAUAGGAUAAGUCACCGGAAACAGAAUACUUGAAUAUAUCUCUCUUGGAGAUUUAAAGAUACGAGAAGAUUUUUGUAAGAUACCAUUCAAACCAGGUUCUCUAAGGAGACAGUUUCUUUUCUCUUUCUUUUUUUUAUAGAUUUUUUUAUAUCUCUUGCGAUUCUCUUUGUACACGAUAUUCUCUUAUAUACUUCUACAUAUUAUAUACCGCACCUUGAAUUCGUAUUCAGCGAAAGCUGAAAGAAUUCUUUGAUCAUCAAACGGUCAGGAAACUAAACUUGGAACAAAGAUAUACGUAUAAUGCCGGCCAUUAAUUUGUGAACGCUUACAGAAGGAAUGAAACGAGAGAAAUUACGCAAUUAGCGAUCCUUCUAUCAGAAAGGCGCGAAAUUAAUCUACCAUAGAAAAAAAAUCACUUGAGAAACAAAAUAAAAUUUUAUAUCGGAAGUUUAAUACUCUGUGAGCUUUGUCACGUUAAUGACCGCGAUAUAAAACUCGAACGAUACGAUUAAUCGAAUUGAAAUUUAUUAGCCGUUUAAACGCUAUAUUAUGGCACGCGAUCAACAACAGUGCAAAACUGCAAAUUGCUGCGAUUAACGCCAGAAUAUAACUGAUCGUGCACUGACAGAAGAUUUAUAUUUCUUAGGAUACACACAUGUCGUGUCUUCGAAUUUAGAGCGAUCGAUCGUAAUCUUAUUGGUAAUGUCCGAACAUCGGUACGAAAAUGAUCUAUAUCCGAGUGACAGAAUCGCGUUGUUCGUUCCAGUUCGAAGAUAGCGAUAUUAUUUAUUAUAUAUAUCUUCUUACGGUCUCUCGUUGAUGUAAAUUUAUACAUAUAUAGCGUUAGCGCCACGAAGAUAUGUAUAAUCAAAGACAUUUUUCGGAAAUACCGACACUUAUAUGUCAAAUCUGCCAGCACAUUGAUCAAUUGUGCGCUGUAAAAUUUGUUACUAACUCAAGAACCUUGGUAUAAAAACAAAACCACAUGCAAACCGUGUUUUGAAAUUUUCAGCCGAACUUUUCGAGCAAACUUUUGCUAUUAUUCGCACACUAUUCCAUACCUGAAUUGAAUCGCGCGAGCACAAACAUCGGGAUAAAUUCACACUUCCCUUUGCUUUGAAAUAUUAAACUGAAUCAAUUGCGAUAAUUAAUCUCCCCCGAAGAGACAUGAAAAGGGGGAAAAAAUGAGGAGAGCUCUGUAUAGCUAGCAGUCUAGCUGAGAAGCAACCUAGUCAAUUCAUUAACGUUUAGAUCUACCGUACGAUUGUAAAACUCUUGCGUGACUUCAAAUUUAAACAAAUUGUCGAAGUAUUAUAUUAUGAUUAGAUAUUAUCGAUCACUAAGUGAAGGACACACUUUUAGCAAGCGCGGCGCGGCCAUCAGUCUUCAUCCUGUAAAUGUGCGAUAGUCACACAUCAAUACGCAUAAAAUAGUCAACAGGAUUUAUGAACGGAGCCAUCGAUAUUCGAGCAAAUUAUUUCGACCUUCGAAUUUCUACACAUUAAUUAUUAUGCCUGUUAAUUAAACAUGCAUAUAUAUCUGUAUUAUUGCAGUAUAUGAUCAUGUAUUGUCAUAAUUCUAUAACUAUACGAUAUCAUCUGUCUACAGUCUAAUUAUACUCUGUUUAUUAUUUAAAAGAUUUAAUAAGUCGUUUAAAAAUAAAUUUGUGUCAGUGAGUACAAAAUUUGAAUAUUGUGUAAAUUUUAAAUUGUCCGAUUGUAUUAUUUUUAUAGCAUUUAUCAAAAUUUUUUAUCGAUAUGUAGUAACAAUAGCGACAAGUUUUCACUUUGAUUAAUCGAAUGUAGAGAUAUAUUGAAACUCGAAAUAUCUGCAAACGGCUCCCAAAUAAUAGACUAAUAUUACUCUCGUGAAAAGGAUGUCACAGUUUUAUUACAAUAGUUAAUCGUUACGUAAUAUCACUGGUUAUUAUAUUAGAGACGAUACAAUUGUUGAGCUUGGAAGCACUUUUUUAUGGUGAAGUCUCACAGUUAGAUUUAUGAUCGAUUUUAGCGGAGAUCCUAUCUCGAACUCGGAUCUAUUGCUAUAGUGAUAAUACAGAAUACAUUAUACUACAUAGCAAAAUGCGUUAAUUAUAUUGUCUCAUACUGCCAACUGUAAAUCAUCAUUAGUAGUUUCUAAUUAAUAACAUCGAUAGAUAAUCUCUAGUUAAAGAUUACGAGCGUAGAAGAGGGGGUGGUUUCUUUCGAAAUACUUUUAAUGAAUCGUCAAAAGUUUCGCUACUCUCAAUACUUCAUUUCUAUCUAAUGCGAAUCUAAUUUUUUUCACACAUACACAAACAAACAGCACGCGCUUGCACUAAUUACUUUGAAAAAUAAAAUUGCUUUCUGCACGAAAACUUAAAAAAUAUUUAUUUGAGCUCUUUUCAUACUGUUUUCUUAGUUUUGAUUAAAUAUUUUAUGAAGAAAAAAAAUGUUUUAAAAAGCUCUCGUAAAUAUUUUGUAAAAUGAUUACGGUCGUUUUAGCAAUUUUUGAGAUACACACAAAAAGGCCGAUUAAAAAUUAUUGUAACCACCAUUGUGAUAGUAAUAGGUUUUAGUAUAAUACAAGAGACGGUAAUUUGAGGAUUGCAGCAUUUUAGUUUUAAUUUUAGUUUUAGAAACGAGGAGCAAACAUCAAAUUACAUGUCACGCACAAGGCUCAAAAUUGAAGACCGAUGUAAUAUAAACUAUUCACUGCUUUUAAAUGAAAAAAUAAGUCAUUAAUAAGAAGAUAUAUGUACUUAAUGUAAUUAUUCGCGUUCGAAAAAGACAUCAAUCGAAAGUUAAUGACAUUCAUAAUUUUCUCCAUUGAGUGUUGCAGAACAGUUUUAAUUUUUUUAUGUGUCAUAUGUAAACUUUUGAAUAUAUAAAUAAAUUGAUUUAUCAUUCUUUAAAUAUUCUUGUUUAGUCGGCACAAAUUCUAGAGAUUGAAACGUCAGCAGUGAAUAGCGGCAAUCAUCGUUACUGGAUUUAUCCAAUUCUUGCAAAGCGUGAUUGAACUCGUCACACAAAUCAACUAGUCGUGUGACGUAGACGUGUGAUACUGGACAUGUGCAAAUCACGGCUACAGCUUAAUUACUUUACCGGUGCAAACUCGUUGGAACUUUCCGAUUGUUCCGACGCGUAAAAUCGAUUCGUAAAUUCAUUUCCAAUCAAAUUCUAACGGAUAGAGGCGAAGAGUGUUCCUGUGUUAUCAUUCUAAUUAUAUCUUAAGGCGAUUAUAGAAUUACUGCGAUAAAAAAAGAUUGCAAUAAGCGAGAUAUCAUUGUAUUGUUAGUCAUUUUCCACACUGAGGUGGUAAUAUCAAUAAAUGUUAAAUAUAUCAAAUGAAAAAUC